GAGAGAAGCAGAUAAAAUUUCCCUUCGCUCUUGAGACAAAAAACAAAACAAAAAAACUGUUUCUUCCAUCUCAAGAAAACGAUCAAAACCCUGCAGGUUUCAUUCAACGCCAUUGAAGAAGACCCUUUGAUCGAUAACAAUGGCCGAUGAGAGUGGAUACGACGCUGGAUCAGACGCUGGAUCAGACGCUUCACUACCUUCUUCAGAGAUAAGCUUUGUCGAGGUAAAGAAGCCUUGUGAAGUUUGCGGAAGUAAUGCCAAUGAUCAUGCGAUAAUGACAUGCUUUUUAUGCAGAGAUACACGAGAACAUAUUUAUUGCGCGAGGGUGCAUCUACGAUCUGUUCCUCGAAUGUGGAUAUGUGAAGAGUGCAGAAUGAAUCCAGUUGUUGUGAAUAACGUAGCUCCUGUUGAUCAAGAAGCUGCUGCAUCAUCAUCAAGAAUUACUUAUCAAGUUGCUGAUAGUGAAGUUGUUAAUCAGACUAUGACUUCAAGCGACUCUGGUAAUCAAAUCUCAGCGACUCAUCAACAACCUCCACAGGCACAUGCAAGUCCAGUAGCUGUGCCAAUGGAUACAUCUUCAAGCGAUAAUCAGCAGCCACCCUCUGAUUCGGAAUCUGCAAUCUAA